AUGCCAAGACUUGGGGUAAGACCGAGUGGUGUUUCUUCUUCCUCCCAGGAAAGGGUGCUCACCUGGCAAUUUUCGUUGAAAAGCUACAUCUAUGGGGACCUUUACAAGAACCGCGUCAACAUAUCGAGCAAUGCUGAGCAAUCAGAUGCCUCCAUCACUGUUGACCAGCUGACCAUGGAUGACAACGGCACGUACGAGUGCUCAGUCUCCCUGCUGUCAGACCUGGCGGGAACCUCUAAGUCACGCGUCCGGCUCUUGGUCCUCGUGCUACCCUCCAAGCCAGACUGCGGCAUCAAGGGGGAGGCCGUGAUCGGGAAUGACAUCCAGCUGACCUGCCAGUCGAAGGAGGGCUCCCCGGCCCCUCAGUACAGUUGGAAGCGCUACGACGUCCUGAACCAGGAGCGGCCAACCCCAGCAGUCACAGGCCAGACCUUGUCUCUGAAGAACAUCUCCACAGAUAUGUCGGGUUAUUACAUCUGCACCUCCAGCAAUGAGGUGGGGACCGCGUCCUGUAACAUCACCGUGGCUGUCAGACCUCCCUCCAUGAACGUGGCCUUGUAUGCGGGCAUUGCGGGCGGCCUGAUUGCAGCCAUCAUCAUCCUUGGCAUUGUCGUCUACUGUUGCUGCUGCCGCCAGCAGGAGGACGAGGCUGAGGACAUGGAGCCGAAUCGGGCGGCCUACCAGAAGGCUCCAAAGCAGGUGGAAGAGCUUCAGACAGAGCAGGACGAGGAGGAUGACUAGGGGCAAGAAGACCAGAAGAGCGCUGGGCAGGAGUCCCCCCGCCACGCUGACCGGUGACUGGAGCAUGCCGCACGCAGGCUGAGGUGGGGGGAAGAUGGGUGCUCAUUCCUCUGCCGCCUGACUCCCCUCUCCUUGCCCCAUUUUUCUGGCCCUCCAUUCCCGUCAUUGAUGGGAUGCUUCUUCCCUAUGUCAUCUGCUGGAGGACUUGGCUAAGGGGACCUUACUGGUGACUGACCCUGCCAAGGGCCCUCACCCACAAAGUGGCCCCUUCCCACUGCCAUGCCUAGCUCACAGCCUGGCCCCCAGCCUGGAGCCGGCCGCAGCCUUACCUUCCUGGCGGGGGGCUCCGAGGCCCAGGGCAGAGCCUGG